AUGACGCUGGCCGACCACCCCAUCGAUACCCCGCCACGCCCGGCCUCACCAGUCCACAGAUUUGGGACUCUGGCUGUGCACGCUGGAAGUCCUCACGACCCUGUUACUGGCGCUGUAAUUGAGCCUAUUUCGCUUUCCACCACAUUUGCGCAAACCGGUGUUGGUCAGCCCAUUGGCGAGUACGAGUACUCACGCUCCUCAAACCCCAACCGAGACAACUUUGAAAAGGCCGUUGCAGCGCUCGAGCACGCCCGCUAUGCGCUCGCCUACUCCUCUGGCUCUGCCGCCACAGCCAACAUCCUGCAAUCGCUCGCAGCAGGCUCACACGUCGUCUCCGUCUCGGAUGUCUACGGCGGAACGCACCGCUACUUCACCAAAGUCGCCCUCACGCACGACGUCAAGGUGACCUUCAGCCCGAGCAUCGAAAUCGACAUUGCCGAACUCAUCCGCCCAAACACCAAGCUCAUCUGGAUCGAGUCACCCUCGAACCCCACCCUGACCCUCGUUGAUAUCCGCAAAGUCGCGACAAUCGCCCACCAGCAUGGCAUCAUGGUCGUUGUCGACAACACCUUUAUGAGCCCCUACGUGCAAAACCCGCUCGACCACGGCGCAGACAUUGUCGUGCACUCUGUCACAAAAUACAUCAACGGCCACUCGGACGUCGUCAUGGGCGCCGCAGCAUUCAACUCCGAGCAACUCUACGAGCGCCUUUCCUUCCUCCAAAACGCCAUUGGCGCCGUCCCCUCCGCCUUCGACUGCUGGCUCGCUCACCGCGGCCUCAAGACUCUGCACCUGCGCGCCCGCGAGGCAACCAAGAACGCGACGGGCGUUGCGAAGGCACUCGAGGCUUCACCACACGUCAUCUCGGUCAACUACCCAGGUCUCAAGUCGCACCCACAACACGCUAUUGCGCUCAAGCAGCACCGCGACGGCAUGGGCGGCGGUAUGCUCUCCUUCCGCAUCCAGGGCGGACAUGUCGCUGCUGAACGCUUCUGCCAGGCUACCAAGAUCUUUACGCUGGCCGAGUCCCUGGGUGGUGUGGAGUCGCUUGUUGAAGUCCCCAGUGCUAUGACGCACGGCGGUAUCCCCAAGGAGCAGCGUGAGGCCGCUGGUGUGUUUGAUGAUCUUGUCAGGAUUAGCUGUGGUGUCGAGGAUGAGGCGGAUCUUGUGGCUGAUGUUGUUGCUGCGUUGGAGAAGGCGGUUGUUGGGGGCAAGAUUGGGAAUGGGGCUUAG